AUGCUUGGCUGGGGCCUCGAGGCCGUGGGGCCCCCAGGCCCCGCAGCCUUCACAGGCACACUCUCGCUGCUGCCGCCCCGCAGCAGCAGCAGCAGCAGCAGCAGCAGCAGUCCCUUUGUGAAUGGCAGGAGGAGGGACGGGAGGCUUCCAGAAGAAGUCCGGCCCAUGCACCUCCAAACCCUUUCCCUCGGCAGCGCCUCUGGCUCCGCUUUCGUCUCCGUGGGAAACACCAAAGUCUACUGCGCCAUCUUUGGGCCGCGGUCUGCCGGCCGCAGCGACUUGCAAGACCGAGGGUUUAUAAAAGUGGACUACAGAGGCUCCCCCUUCUUCCAACGCAGCAGCGCGGACGGAGGCGAAACCCAGGAGCAGCUUUUGCUGCUGCUGCACCAGGCGCUGGACAGCUGCGUGCUGCUGGAGCGCUACCCUAAGAGCGUCUUGGAGGUCUCUUUUAUGUUUCUUGAAGAAGAUGGAGGCGCACUGGCUGCUGCUCUGACUUGCGCGGGACUGGCCCUGGCAGACGCCGGCGUGGAGUGUCACGACAUCAUCACGGGGGCUUCUGCG